AUGGCGACGGUGCGCACGACGGUGCCGCGCGGCGCGGAACCCAAUGGCGGCGGCGGAGGCGGCAACAACAAGCGCAAGCGCAAGCGCGUGGGCAAGGCGAAGGAGGCGGCCGCCGCGCCGCCCUCCGCCGCGUCCGUCAGCGUGGACGCGCAGCUGCAGACGCUCGAGAACUGGCACCGCGCGCUGACCGUGGACAUGCGCGAGCUGCGCCGCGAGGGCGCGCGCGUGCGCGUGGAGCUGGAGAAGGUGGACGACACGGCCGAGGCCGCCGUGGUCCGCGCGGAGCACUGGAAAAGCUCGGCAAGAAGCUGCUGGUGCUGGACAAGAAGCUGGAGCGCCAGCGGCAGAGCAGCAUCAACGAGGAGUUCCUCAUGA